UUUGCGCCUCAACCCAACAAGUCCACAUGCAUGACAAAAUGCGCCUGUGCUGGGAUGCUGUGAAAUCUAAAGCUCUGCCCAUGGACGCAUUAUACCAGAAGGAAUAGAAAGGAUUCAUUCUGUGUUGGCAAUUUCAAGGUGGAACAUCUCCUGAUAUUCAUAUUCCAAUGUGGAAGAUGGAUAGGUUCGUGCAUGGCAGUGAUCACUGAGACUGGACAUCAGAAGGACUAACCUGAGGUUGAUUUUUGGAGCUUGGUUUGUGGAUGUAACCAGAAACACAGAUAUUCCACCAGUUCCCUAAAGCUUUAUCAUGAGCUCUCUAACUGGGAGUAAAGACAGAUCCGGCACGAGGAGUAGAAAACAUGGGAUGACAGAUUCCUCCCCGACCAAGUCCGCAUCAUUCUCUCCUGAAACCUGGUAUCGAAAGGCUUAUGAAGAGUCCCGGAGUGGCAGCCGCCCCAUCCCGGAAGGUGCCGGGUCCAUGCCCGGGUCCUCCGGAACCCCUUCUCCCGGAUCAGGAAUAUCCUCCCCGGGGUCUUUUUCCGGCUCACCUGUGACCGUGUCUCCGGGAAUCAGCACCGGAUCACCCGGUUCGUUAGGUGGAUCUCCAGGAUUCGGCACGGGAUCCCCCGCUUCGGGUAGCGGGAGCUCACCUGGUUCUGAACGGGGGAUCUGGUGUGAGAACUGCAACGCUCGGCUGGUGGAGCUAAAGAGACAGGCAUUUAAAUUACUCAUUCCCGGACCCCAUACUAGCAAGGAUCCCUCAUUCUCUUUGCUGAUCCACGAUAAGCUGCAGGUGCCCAACAGCACGCGCAAAGCCUGGAACGAGCGAGACGGCCGCUGCGAUGUCUGCUCCACCCACCUGAGUCAACUAAAACAGGAAGCCGUCCACAUGGUUCUAAGCCUGGACCAGUGUGACGUGUCUCCCGGCUCUCCUCCAUCCCUGGCCUCCCUCGUCAGUUCUCGCAGCGUCCUCCAGGGCCCCACGCCACCACGGGACUGGUCCUACCUGCCUCCGGGGUACCAUCCAUCAGCAUCCUCCGCUCCUGCAGCUGUGCCAGCUUUCCCCUCCAGUUCUACAGCAACAACCACCAGCGCAAGUAACAGUGCCAGCCCGCACCAUCCGACCCAUCCCAAACACGGGUCCAAGCCCAACACCCUGGGGGUGAGCAGCGGGGUGGAGAAGAAGAAUAACUCCCCCGGACACGGUGGAAAGUCGACAGCGUCGCAACAGCCACAUCCACCAGGGAGCCCCAGCAACAGCAAUGGGACCGUGUUGAGCUCCACGGCGCUCCAAACUCACCAGUAUAUGGAGGGCGCAUGGACGGCCGGGCAUCUGUCGAGAGCCAAUGGGGUCACGCUUUAUCCUUACCAGAUCUCUCAGAUGGUGUCGGAGGGCAACAGAGAGGGUUUAAAUGAGGCCGCGCUGAACCGAUACAAUGCCGACCGCCCGAUAGCGUACAGCAGCCCCCCGGCUCCUGCCCCGGCCACCACAGCGCCCUCCAGUGGCACCUCUGCUGCUGCAUCCUUCUUUGCCAGGGCGGCCCAGAAAUUGAAUCUGUCAUCCAAGAAAAAGAAGCAGCGUCCCGUCCCUCCUGUGGCAUGUGAUCCGCCCCUCUUUCCCACCAACUUCAGCGGCAUCCUGCAGGUGUCCCCGCCCCCUGCUCCGCCCUGCCUCUUACGUGCGGUCAACAAAGUCAAAGACACUCCUGGCAUGGGCAAGGUAAAAGUGAUGGUACGCGUGUGUCCUUCAACGCCCACCAGCGCUGCAGAAUCCAGCUCUUUCCUGAAGGUUGAUUCACGUAAGAAGCAAGUGACCAUCAUGGACCCAGCGGCCAACACUCAGCCGAAUCAAUCCCAGAAACGCGGCACCACCAAUCAGGUUCCUCCAAAGAUGUUCGCCUUUGAUGCUGCAUUCUCCCAUGAUGCCUCUCAGGCGGAGGUGUGUGCAGGAACCGUGGCUGAGGUCAUCCAGUCUGUGGUCAAUGGAGCAGACGGAUGCGUGUUUUGUUUUGGACACUCCAAACUUGGUAAGAAAUCCUACACCAUGAUCGGCAAGGACGAGUCCAUGCAGAGUUUGGGAAUCAUUCCUUGUGCCAUUUCCUGGCUCUUUAAACUGAUCAACGAAUGCAAGGAAAAGACAGGCGCAAGGUUUUCCGUACGAGUGUCUGCAGUCGAGGUCUGGGGAAAAGAUGAAAACCUGAAGGACUUGUUGUCUGAGGUGGCGACAGGCAGUUUGCAGGACGGCCAGUCUCCGGGGGUCUAUCUCUGUGAGGACCCCAUCUGCGGAAUGCAGUUGCAGAAUCAGAGCGAAUUACGUGCUCCAACCGCAGAAAAAGCCGCUUUCUUCCUGGACGCUGCCAUUGCGGCAAGGUACAGCAGCAAGCCGGACUGUGAUGAAGAGGAGCAUCGUAACUCUCACAUGCUCUUCACACUUCACAUCUACCAGUAUCGAAUGGAGAAGACCGGCAAGGGAGGAAUGUCUGGAGGCAGGAGUCGACUGCAUCUCAUCGAUCUGGGCAGUUGUGUGAAGGUUUUGAACAAGACCCGAGACAGCACAACAGGACCGUGUCUCUCUCUAUCCGCCCUUGGGAACGUCAUAAUGGCUUUAGUCAAUGGCAGCAAGCACAUCCCUUACAAAGAUAGUAAGCUGACCAUGCUAUUACGAGAGUCCCUGGGCAACAUGAAUUGUCGCACCACCAUGAUAGCUCACAUCUCCUUAUCUCCUAACGAAUUCUCAGAGACACUCUCCACCCUUCAGAUCGCAUCUCGGGUUCUUAGGCUGAAGAAAAAGAAGGCUAAAGUAAACGUGCAAUACACAUCUAGCUCCUCUGGUGGCGAAAGCUCAUGCGAAGAAGGAAGAAUGCGCCGCCCAACGCAGUUAAGAACCAUCCAUUCCCGACAUGUUGUUGAUUCAGAGAUGCCCCUGCUUCACCUCUCCAGUGACCCAGACGACUAUUCCAGCAGCGAGCAGUCUUGUGACACAGUUAUCUACGUGGGUCCAAAUGGCUCAGCCCUCUCAGACAAAGAGCUAACAGACAACGAAGGUCCUCCCGAGUUUGUUCCUAUCAUCCCAUCCCUGCAUACAAAUAUACCAGAUCCCAUUACGGCUCCUUUGGAGUCACAACCGUCUCAACAACAGGCUGAAGCCCAAAUUGCUCAGGCCUCACAACACACUUAUCCUCAGUCGCUUCCGCCUGUACCGGAAGAGGGACCAGAGUCGGGUAAAAAGGAGAAAGACUGUCUUAAGUGCAACACUUUUGCAGAGCUUCAAGAAAGGCUUGACUGCAUCGACGGACGAGAAGAAGUUACAGAAUUCCCGUUCGAAGAAGCCCCCACCAACAAAGCUGCCAAAUUCGAGCCUGGCCAAGCUGUCAAGGAAAGCCACCAAUCCAGUUCCCCCAAAAGGAUCUCUAAUGACCAGCAGCUGGAGGAAAUCCGUGAGGUGGUGGAAGAAGCAGAGAUUGCUCUUUCUAUUAUUGAAAGCCUGGCACAAUGUUCAACAGGCAGUUGUGGACUCUCCACCAGCAGAAGUGUGACAGGUAGUAGCGGUAUUGGGCAACUCACUCCUCUUCAGAGGGCCAAGAGCUCAAGCUUACACGACAGCAGAGAAUCCAUUAGUGGUGGGAGCAGCAGUGAGGGGAAGACUCGUCCAAUGGGCUCUCCAAGGUUAGGCAUUGCCAGUCUCACUAAAACCGCGGAAUACAAAUCGCCAUCGUCUCCCUCUCAGCGCUGCAAAGUGUACACCCAGAAAGGAAUAAUGCCAAGCACUCCUCCUCACUCCUCCCAAAAUCUAUAUAAGGACUCUAGAAAGUCAUCCAUGGAAUCUUUGCUUAAUCCUGAAUCUAGAACCUCUCCAGUGGGAAUGAGUCCUAAGGUCCUAAGAAGAUCUUCAUCCUGCAAUAGCAUCGGAUCAGCCGAGACGCUGCAUGACGAUGUUCCCCAGCUGCCUAUGGACAGAAAAGAUUUGAAGAACAACGCAGCCACAGUAACAUUACAACAGCCGUUGGAGCCAAAUGGAGAAGAUGAGUUGGUGUUCACCUUGGUGGAAAAACGGACCAUUAAAGGGGCGAUGGACAAUGGACGACCUACCAGUAUUAUCAGCUUUAACAGUGACUGUUCAGUACAAGCUGUAGCCUCAUGUUCAAGGCCUGUUAGUAUCAUCAGCAGCAUGAGUGAAGACCUGGAGCAUUACACCACUGCUCCCUGCACCACAACUGCUACCAUUUCAGAAGUCAACAUUGCUAAAUUCCUGCCUCUCAACAAGAACGAGGGCGAAGUGCAGGCUAUCCGACGCUCUUCAAUCAGCUCGUGGCUAAGUGAAAUGAGCACUGGAAGUGAUGGUGACCAGUCGUCUUAUAGUUUAGUUGCCCAGCAGUGCUUUGCACAAGGUGAGGCACUAGCUGAAGACAGGCUUCUGAAAAUACAAGAGGAAGUGGAAUUUGAAGGUGUCCCUGACUCAAACGGGCAAAGGAACUCUGAGAAAGAUUUGAAUAAACUCGACAAUGUGAAUGAUAAAAACCCACCUACUAACCAUAAACAAGACAAAACAUUCUCAGCUUCAAGUGGUUACGUUCCUUUUAAAACCAACGUUACAACUCAACCUUGCGCUGCUGUUAAGCCCAUGCUAGUGCAGGACUUGCAAGCCAAAUCUCCACCUAUUUUCUUAUCAAGUGAGCUUAAUUUUGAUGACCCUUGGAUGAAAAGGGAGGGUGAUGAAGAAUCCAACCCUAAGGAGAUUGAGGCAAAAUCUGAGAAACAAACAUCUGUAAAAAGAAAAUGCAUCCUCGACAAGAACAGUAAUGAAGCAGUAUACUCGCCUGAUUCCAUGAAUCGAGUGGUUGAUGGCUGCGAGGUGGUGUUCAACGCAUCUGAAAGCAUUACUCAAGUGUACUCUGCAGACAUCUUCAGGACAGGCAGUCUCCCUCGUGCAUGGCAUCGAGUGAAUAAGCAGGAUGAUCUGGAAGACUCAACAUACCGUUACACAAGUGGAGAGUAUAAAAGCCUAGGGGUGACUACCUCCACGCCCUGCAGUCCCAGAGCCACACUAGAAAGAAAAAGUUCAGCUGGGAGACCGGGUUUCUUCUCCCGUCAGAAAGGAAUCCCCCCAUUGCCACCGAUAAGGAAAUCUAGCCUUGACCAGAGGAACAGAGCAAGUCCUCAACAUAACCCAGGAAACACUCACACACUUCAUGGGAGCACACCUGAAGACUUGGGUGGUAAAGACAAAACACCAAAUGUAGAGAGCAGUAGAUUGUUUAGUGCAAAACUUGAACAGUUAGCAAACAGAACCAAUUCCUUAGGCAGAUCCCAUGGGGUCCAUUAUGACUGCUAUUCCCUGGAGAGGACUGAGAGUUUGACCUCUCUGGGCUCCAAAGGAGGAGUCAUGAAAGACAGCACAAUGCCAAGAGCAGGUAGAAGCAUCAAUCGUUGCUUUAUCUCAUCACCCACCAAUGGACCGAAUGGCAACAACAACGCACCACAGUCACCCAAAGCAAGUCAAUCCAAAAUCUCUGCUGUAAGCAAACUCCUCAUGGCGAGUCCCAAAGCUCGAAGCUUAUCAACAUCUAGCACCAAGACGCUAAGUUUCUCCACAAAGUCUCUCCCGCAGUCAGUGAACAGAAGCUCGAGCUUGCCACCCAACGGAAAGAACCAAAACCAAAAUUCUUGGUCAACACAGUCCCUGAGUCGCAGUAGGGGGACAGGGUUAGCGUCAAAGCUACCUUUAAGGGCAGUGAAUGGACGAAUCUCUGAGCUUUUACAGAGUAGUGUCAUCUCACGCGCUUCCCAAGGACGAGGGGCUUCUGAUGCUGAAGAAAAAGGAGCAGCGGCACAAGGAGAUGAAAGGCCGGUGGUGCAAACUUUGCCUUCUCCCUACAGUAAGAUCACUGCCCCUAGAAGGCCACACCGGUGCAGUAGCGGGCACGCCAGUGACAAUAGUAGUGUACUGAGCGGAGAGCUUCCUCCAGCAAUGGGAAAGACAGCCUUGUUUUACCACAGUGGGGGCAGUAGUGGUUAUGAGAGCAUGAUACGGGACAGCGAGGCCACUGGAAGCACGUCAUCUGCUCAGGACUCGAUGAGUGAGAACAGCAGUUCCAUCAGUGGUCGCAGGAGCCUAAAGAACUCAAAGAAAAGAAGUAAUACUGGGACUCAAAGGCGACGGCUGAUUCCCAACCUCACCUUGGACACCUCGUCUCCUGUGAGAAAGCCUAUGAUCAGUCCAGGGGUCCGCUGGGUGGACGGGCCCCUCCGGCCUGCUCAGAGGGGUCUAACCGAACCCUUCGAGAUCAAGGUUUACGAGAUUGAUGACGUCGAGCGUCUACAGAGAAGGCGAACCGCAGGCAAUAAAGAAGUGCUGUACUUCAGUGCCAAACUGAAAAUCCUGGAGCAUCGGCAGCAGAGGAUCUCGGAGGUCAGGGCCAAAUAUGACUGGCUGAAGAAAGAGCUAGAGCAGACCAAACAGCAUCUGAUGCUGGAGCCGGAGAAAUGGACCACAGAAUUUGACCUUCAGCAGACGUUUGAAGUGGACUCUCUGGAGUACUUGGAGGCUCUGGAGUUCGUCACGGAACGUCUGGAGAACCGGGUCAACUUCUGCAAAGCUCAUCUCAUGAUGAUCACAUGCUUUGACAUCACCUGUCGGCGACGGUAAAGGAUUCGCCACACAGCGUUGAGGACAAUAGGAAGUCGGAUGGAUCAACCGGUUGCACGUGGGUGUGUAUGAGAGCGAGUGCGUCUCGUUCAAUGAUGGCUGGAGCAGGGAAACAAAAAGGCUUGAUAUUUUUCUAAAAUGGGUUUUUGGGGGGAACCGAAAAGGCUGGACUUGGAGAGUCAGAGAGCCGAAAGAAAAACGUUGUCCCACUUUACUCGUUGAGCACUUUGGAACCUUGAUGCUGUUGGUUGUGGUUUGCCCGCUGGUUGUGAACGAAAGAAUUACGUUGCCAUACGUGGAAAAUAAGAAUGGAGCGCUUUACGAGAUGAACGAAAAACAGAACAGAAAGGACGACAAGUGCCUUGCGAACACUUCAACAUCUUCUGUGGAAAGACGUUUUCAUUUUCGUGUACAGAUGGUGCUAGCCUAAACAAAAAAUGCAUACGAACAAAAAAAGUUAAAAGGUAUACUAAAAGAAAAUUAAAACUGCUUGUUCAACUAAGUGUUUUAAACUCUUUGAUUCAGCGUCUUGGUAACUCGUAUUUGUAUCGUUACAUGCGACAUGAACUGUUACGUGUGUUUUAUAUUCGUUUUUGUAUUCUUGAAGACACUGAGACCACCUAGAGUGUUUCACGUUGUGUGAAAAAGCACGGCACGAGAUGUAAAGUAAUGAUUUUGGCACAGGAUCAUGGAUUUUUCACAUCCCCUGCGGUUCUGUUGGCAUUUACAGCAGCGACGCCUCGGGCUCGGGCCACUCCGUCGUGUCACGCUUGAGAUGCGAGAAGAAUCCUCAGUCUGGCAGUACCGACAAGGAUCUUGAAUAUUAAUAGCUAUAGAAACAAAAGCUUCUCAUGCCAGAUUGAUGCUUGAUCGAUUUUCUCCAAAUGAAAAACUUCCUGGCCGGGGGUAUAAAAGCAAUCUGAAAAUUGGGGUGGGGGUACAGCGUUGGAUUUAUAAGCUUUGCUUAUGAAUAAUAAUUGCGUGACAUUCGCCUGGUAGGCCUAACUGAUCUGCUAAAAGGCAGACGUUGGCAGUAGCCACAGUAAGAUUGGUUUAUUUUAUCACUGGACUGCAGCCAAAAGAAAACUCUUAAAAUAUAAUGAUUAUCUCCCAAGAAGUGGAAGGAACAAAUAGAGAUAUUUUUGGCAGACACACGUCCCCCGAGUUACAGUGGUUCUUGCCCCUUCAGUUAUCUUUUCUAAUUGGUAAAAAGGAACAUCUGUAUUUGACACAAUAUACAAUCUAAUGUAUUUCACACUUUCGUGUCGCAUUCCAUUUAAAAAUGUUACUCUAUGUGGUCUCACUGUCAACAUGCUAACACUUCGGUAAAUGUCUGUUUAUAUAUAUGGUGCUUGAGAUGGUUUCAGCUCUAAACGUUUAUAGAUGAAGAUAUACAGUAUAGCCUGUUUCUGGUCCUAAAGACUUCAUACGCUUCUCCAUUUACACUUCACCCCUCGUCCCGCCGAAGCAAUGGGGAACCCGUCAUUCCCUCUGCCCUUUUGGCAUUGUAAUGAAUGAAGGAUAUUAUUUAUUUUUUACCUCAGGAGGCCUGUAUGACGGAGAUGCUUAUAUUCUAUAAUUUAUUUACGCAUAUUAGCCCGCAAAGCACUAUGCAUUAAAAUUGUACAGUAGCUAACGUCAUGCCAUAUAUAUACAUAUAAAUAUAUACUUAUAUUUCACUUUUGUUCUUUAUAUAUAUAUAUAUAUAUAUAUAAAGUUAACUUUUUUGCAUUUCUUCGUAAAUGCGCCUAUCGCCAAAUCAUGCGAGAUGAGAGACGAUGCAAUAUCGACAUGCUCCUGGUCACAUGUUUUAUUCAUGUUUCAUCGCAACGCGUCAAAUCCGGACACAUACGUGGAUUGUUCAGCUUAUGCAUUGUGUGGUAUUCGGUACAAUGUGAAAAGAAUAUUGUCCUUAAUGCGCUUCAAUGUUCACAAAGAUGAUUGCAAAAAGUGUAAGACCUCUCUCUUUUAAGAGGUGUCAUUAGAGAUGUGUAUGAUGAACGUUUUUGUCGACAUAUCGCUUCAUGUUUAUACAGAGACAUUGGGCAUGAUUUGUUGUGUUAUGGGAAAGCAGAUCUUUGACUGACAUACGGACGGAUGUACUGUAAAUAAAGAACGCUUUGGAAGUGUUAUUCAUUUUCUGCCUUAUUCUGCACAACCCAUUUAUAAAAAAGUACUUUGUUUUAAUCUGCUCUAAUGCACAAAAUAAGAAUACAAGACUUGUUAUACCGCUUUUUUUGUUUGUUCUCACAACCGUUUCUGUAAAGGUGUGAACCUUAUUCUGCUGCAUGGAACGUCUGCUUUUUGAUGGGAUUUCUUAUAUAAAAAAGUUAUGUACCCAA